UUCUACGGAAGUGACGAUUUUAUUAAAAAUAGACAUUGGGAAUUACCAACUAUGACGUCCAUUAACUAUAACGAAAGUGUGUAAACAUUUCAUUAUUAUAAUACAUGUUGACAUGGAUGAAACUCACCAACUAGGAAGUAAUGUAAAUCUGUAUUCCUCGCUUUCACAAGAUGACCACAAUGAUGGAACAGACACUCAGAAUUCAGAUAUAACCAGAGCCUCUUCAGAAUCGAAAAAGGUUUCAUUUAAAGAAGAUCAACAACCAAGACAGGUAAUACAAGGUCACCAGAACCCUCCAAAUGCCUCAUCGCAGUCUCAACAUAUGAGAACUAGUUCUUCGAUUAAAAACAUACAGUCAUCUUCUCAUGGAACUCCAAAUAAAGACCAACAAAUUUUAAACUCAAAUAUAGCAGCUCAUAGUAAUGUGAACCCCAGAAUGUCUGACGCCCAUGUCAUUGUAAGCUCCAAUAGGAACAGAAGUCGUAGUCCUAAUGAUGACCAAAAUAUGGACCAACAACUACGUACGCAACCAGAAAGUACAGGUCAAUAUAAAUCACCAAACAGGUUGUCAAUUGAUACAGAAACUGACGCAAAACCGAUGACACCUCAUUCAUCACAGACUGAAUCUCUGGAAUUUGGAGCAAAGGGUGGUACAUACGAAACCUUCAAGAAAACAGAAGAAAUGCUAUGCUUCGAAAACAAUGUAUUGAGACCUAAAGAUCAUUACGACCAACCUUUAACUCCCAAACAUUUGAUAGACAUGGUAAUUGUAUAUGCAAAGUCAGACUAUCAGAAAGCUUUAAACUAUAAAUUAUAUCUAAAAGAUAUAGCUGACAAAAAUGGUAUGGAAGAUAUAAAAAUUGAGUUAUACACCAGCGAAGAUUUUCCAAAUAAUGAUGUCAGAGUUGUUGAAGAGGUAGUAAAUAGAGCAAUGCGCGUUCUAAUGUUGUUGUCAGCAAACUUUUCGAACGAAGUCAACUUAAAUUUUAUCAAAGAAGAAACCAUUGGAAUGACAAGACUUCAAGAACUUCCACCACAAGAGCAGAUAUCCCUGUUUGCAACAACAAUUAUGAACAGGAAAAAGCAUUGUAUACGACCUGUUCACACUGUUCCUAAGAAAGAACAGUACUCUAGCUAUAAGACACCUGUAGGUUUAUCAGCUCUACGGGGAUUUGAAUUUUUUCCCGAAAACAAAAAUCAGUCGUAUGAAAAUGCUAUGGCUUUGGAGUUUUUGAAGAAGGCCAGAGAGGAUCGAAUUUAUCACAUGAACGAAUUAAGACGGCAUCAAGCACUAGACAAUCCAUAUAUUUCACAAAUAUCAGAAAAAGAUAGGACAGGGCAGUUUUUAAGAACUAACCAGGGAGAGUUAGACAUAUCUGAUAAAACAAAUAAGGACGAAAGCUUAAGAAAUAAUACAUUCAGAUCCAUAGAAUCUAAACAACAACAUUCUAUUAGAGAAAUGCCAGUGAUGACAUCUAAUGGGACAGGGACAUCAGCAAGACCACUUCCUCAAGAAAAUUCCUCUGUUGUUUGCCCGUCGAAACAAAAAGUUGAACUAAUUAAUCGAAGUAAUACAAAACCAAUCGGUGAGUCAUCGUGUAUAACAUCCAGUUACGUGUCGCAUCGUUCUUGUGAACACGUUUUUAUGGGUAAAGAGGACUCACUGCCGACAGAAAAUGCUCAGAGCAAUGUGCCUUCGAGUAAAACAGUCCAAAACAACAAUCCAAUUAAACGUGAUCCACCUAAGCUUUCACUUCUUAUACCAAAUACUUCAGAAAGCUUUGAUCCUUCAGUGGAGAAAGAUUGCAUGUCUUCUCUGGAACACGGCGAUGAAGAAGAAGAUAAAUCUGCAGAUUCGAUUCUUCCAAAAACAUCUGAUGGUUUAGAAAGUCCGCCGUCUUUGCUGAUGAGUGAUAGUUUGGUAUCCGAUGAAAUUAAAGAAAAGCAAGAUGAGUUCCCACCUAAAUCACAUCUUGGAUAUAAUCAACAAGAUGUAAUCCUUCAAGCCAAAAUGAAGCUUAUGAAUUUAGAGGGACCUGGGGAUGUCAGAGAAAGCAAGGUAUCAUAUAGUGGUCCUUCUGGAAGAUCGGGAAUACGUUCUGGGGCUAGUCCUGGCUAUGAUGAGUACUUGGUGGGAACCCCUAACGGAAGAAGAUCAGGCAGUAGUCAUGCAAUGGAUGAUAGUGCUGGACUAGGCACAAGAAGUCAAACUACCAACAGAGCACCAAAUUUGACCGGUUAUCCUCCACCACAGAGCAUCCACUACCAUUAUCAUUAUCCUGACCAAGGACAAGGGAUAGAUGUGGAGGAAGACCAGGGACCUGGGACUUUCCUUUACCAAUCAGAAAGUCGAAGGCCACCGUCGUCCGUUAGGAGAAGAUUAUCAUCACCUAACAGGGUUAAGUCUGGUCCAAUAUUCAACAUUCAAGGAUGUGCCACAGUGCAGAUUGGUGAUGCCAACGUGGUCACGGGUAACCAGACCGUAGAAGCAACAAACAACAAUCGGAUGAAUGAUAACGAUUCAAGAAAUAAUCGAAAUGAACAAAGAGAUGAUUGGUCUCCUGAAUCACCAGAUAGUCAAAGGGGUGAUGGAUCGCCUCAAUCUGCAGGCAUUAUUAUGGAAGAACCAAGGGUGCAUGGAGGUCAGCCAGAAGGUUCCCUUAAUAUGUUGAGUCCAAGCAAUGAUCCUGUGAAGAAGGUCGAAUAUGAAUCUUCAGACAGUAAUAGUGAUGAAGAUAACAGCAACAUUCCACCCGACGGAAAAGGUUUAGAUUCAGCAGAAAUGUUUGGUAAUGGUGCAGAUUUAACCCAAAACUUGUCUUCCAGUUUUACAGAUAAAACAUAUCAAAAUAAGACAGAGAAGGCAACUUUAAAGGAUGAAAUAUUUCAGAAAGCCCACAAUUCAGGAAAUAUCUUAACAAAUGAAAAAGGAACAAUGGCAUGUGCAUCAGAUAAGGACAUUAGGUCAAUGGAAAAUUCAAAAUCUUCCUUAAAUGUAACUUCACUCAAAAGCUCAACAAAAGACAGUGUGUCAUCAUUAGAACUAGUAUCACUUUCAAGUCAUCUGAGAAAAGGAACGUUCAGAAAAGAUUUGAUAGCUCUCAAAUUGCAUUACAACCAGAAUGUAAGAUGUGAAAUUACAUGUUCUGGGGCGUUACAUGAUGAUGAUGUAGAUUGAUAAUCCCCUUUAUAUGGUAAAAUUAUCCGUAUGAACCAAUAUAAUUCCAAUCUUGCAUUUUGUAGGAUAGCAAAUCUGUGAUUUGGAACAGAUACAAUCAUUAUGUAAUGCAUGGUACAAACAGAGCUUACUGUGUAUUCGAAUUGCUAUAAUGUCUUUCAGUAUAAUAGUUGUUUAUUGUAAUGUUUUAAGGAUUUUAGUGCUUUUGUUUUGUGUAAUACCAUAUUAUACAUGUAUAUUAAUAUCAUUCAUCUUUUGUAUUCAAUAUUAUAGAUAGGGAAAGUGUAUUAAAAUCAGGAUAUCUCUUCAGCCUGUCGUCAUUAUCACAAAUACCCAUGAAGUUUGCAUUGAUUACCGUGAAUCUUUACACUUAAAACUAUUAUUUGAUAAGGAUGCAAUAUUGUUUGCUAUAUACAAGCCGAAAGUAUUGUUUUCUUUCUGGAAAUUAAAAUGCAUCAUAUGAAUAUAAGUUAAGACCAAAAGGUGCUUCCUCAGUUAUUUCGACCAAUAAUAGGUUUCCAUUUGUGACAUUAAUUUAAUGUGUAAUGAAAAUGAAUAUUCAUAGUUCUAUUGAAGAAGAGAGUGUUACCUGUGCAGAUGGUUCCUGAUCUAUGAUUAGUACCCAAUAUGAGUUUACAGCAUUGCUUCCAUUUUGUUUAUCCUUGUAUUUAUUUUUUACUUAAUUUGUAUUUUACCGAGAAAUAUACUAUCAACUACAAACACAUUAUGUCAGCGUCUCUGUCGAUUUACUUAUUGGUAUAUGAUGUAUGUUUGCACAGUUUUGGCUGCUGAAUCCCAUUUUCUUGUUGCAUGAACCUAUUAUUUACUAGUAGAUAUAAAUACGACCAUUUGGGAAGUUUGCCGAAUUUUGUUAAUACAACGGAACUUUAAACAACUUCAUUCAAGUGGGAGGUUUAGCUACCCUAAAAUCAUGUUUGAUCCAUCAAUGUUUUUACGGAAAAUGUCUUUACCAUGACUGGAAUGUGACAGUUGUUUUUAAGUAAUUCUGAUCGUUGAUUACGUUUGAUUUUGCAUGAUUUUAAGGACUUCCCUUUUGAUACGACUGCAAAAAUUGAAAAAAAAAAUCGUCGUAUAUUGCUAUCACGUUUGUGUCGUUGUCGUCUGUGGCGUCCGAAUACUUUAAUUUUUCGCACUCUGACUUUAGUAAAAGUGAAUUUAAAUCUAUGAAAUUUUAACACAAGGUUUAUGACCACAAUAGGAAGGUUGGGAUCGGUUUUGGGAGUUUUGGUCCCAACACUUUAGGAAUUAGGGGCCAAAAAGGGCCCAAAAUAAGCAUUUGCUUGGUUUUCGCACUAUAACUUUAGUUUAAGUAAAUAGAAAUCUAUGAAAUUUUGACAUAAGGUUUAUGACCACAAAAGGAAGGUUGGUAUAGAUUUUGAGAGUUUUGGUCUUAACAGUUGAGGAAUAAGGGGCCCAAAUAAGCAUUUUUCUUGGUUUUCGCACCAUAACUUUAGUAUAAGUAAAUAGAAAUCUAUGAAAUUUCAACACAAGGUUUAUGACCAUUAAAGGAAGGUUGGUAUUGAUUUUUGGAGUUUUGGUCCAAACAGUUUAGGAAUAAGGUGCCCAAAGGGUCCAAAAUUAAACUUUGUUUGAUUUCAUCAAACUUUGAAUAAAUGGGGUUCUUUGAUAUGCCGAAUCUAACUGUGUAUGUAGAUUUUUUAUUUAUGGUCCUGUUUUCAAAUUGGUCUACAUUAAGGUCCAAAGGGUCCAAAAUUAAACUUAGUUUGAUUUUGACAAAAAUUGAAUCCUUGGGGUUCUUUGAUAUGCUGAAUCUAAGAAUGUACUUAGAUUUUUGAUUAUUGGCCAAUUUUUCAAGUUGGUCCAAAUUGUGGUCAAAAUAUGCCAAAUCUAACUGUGUAUGUAGAUUCUUAACUUUUGGUCCUGUUUUUAAAUUGGUCUACAUUAAAGUCCAAAGGGUCCAAAAUUAAACUUAGUUUGAUUUUAACAAAAAAUAAUUCUUGGGGUUCUUUGAUAUGCUGAAUCCAAACAUAUACUUAGAUUUUUGAUUAUGGGCCCAGUUUUUAAGUUGGACCAAAUCAGAAUCUUAAAUUAUUAUAUUAAGUAUUGUGCAAUAGCAAGAAAUUUUCAAUUGCACAGUACUCAGCAAUAAUAUCAAAUCUUCAAUUGCACAGUAUUGUGCAAUAGCAAGAAAUUUUCAAUUGCACAGUAUUGCGCAAUAGCAAGAAAUCUUCAAUUGACAGUAUUGGGCAAUAGCAAGCAAUAUCUAUAUGCACAAUAUUUUGCAAUAGCAAUCAAUUUUCAAUUUGAGUUAUCUUUCUUUGUCCAGAAUAGAUAUUUGUGUAAUAGCAAUCAAUUUUCAAUUGGGGUUAUCUUUCUUUGUCCAGAAUAGUAGUGGAAUCAACUUAAAUCAUUGUUUUAUACAAUAUACAAUGUAUUUUCACUUUUACUACCAACUGAUAAAUUAAAACAAUCUUUACCAUUCAGUGAUAACAAACACUUUUUUUUAACAUUUUAAUAUUUGAUGAUGUAUUUAAAUGAGCAGUUAUUGUUGCAAACUCCAUUGGAAAUUUAAAUUGAGAUCAUUUUUGGAAUAAGGGAAAGGGGGAUGUGAAACAAAAUUGGAGGAGGGGGUCAAUUUUUCUCAUUUCAGAUUUCAUAAAUAAAAACAAUAGCAAGAAAUCUUCAAUUGCACAGUAUUUAGCAAUGGCAAAUAUUUUCAAUUGCAAAGUAUCGCGCAAUGGCAAGAAAUAUCUAAUCGCACAAUAUUGUGCAAUAGCAAGAAAUUUACAAUAUUCUUUGAAAAUUUGAGUUAUCUUUCUUUGUCCAGAAUAGUAGUUGAAUCAACUUAUAUCAUUGUUUUAUACACUGUACAAUGUAUAUUCACUUUUACUACCAACUGAUAAAUUAAAACAAUCUUUACCAUUCAGUGAUAACAACACUUUUUUACAUUUUAAUAUUUAAUGAUGUAUUUUAACGAGUAGUUAUUGUAAGAGGCCAUUAAAAAUUUGAAUUGAGAUCAGUUUUGGAAUAAGGUAAAGGGGGAUGUGAUUGUUUUUUUUAUUAAUAUUCAACAGCAUAGUGAAUUGCUCAAAGACAAAACAAUUUUUUUUAGUUCAUUAGACCACAUUCAUUCUGUGUCAGAAACCUAUGCUGUGUUAACUAUUUAAUCACAAUCCAAAUUCCAAAUUAAGAGCUGAAUCCAGCUUGAAUGUUGUGUCCAUACUUGCCCCAAACGUUCAGGGUUCAACCUCUGCGAUCGUAUAAAGCUGCGCCCUGUGGAGCAUCUGGUUGGAAUUUUCCUUGGAAUUUAUUUUGUGAUAAAUUUCUUAUUAUUUUGAAGAUAUGUCCUGCUAGUACAAAAAGACUUAUGAAUGAAUACAAUUAAUUGUACUUGAAAUAAUAUCUAAUAUUUAGAAGAAAUCUGUAGAAUUAUUUGUCUUGAGGUAUAUUAUUAUGAGUAAAGAACUCGUAACAUGCAUUGUUACAAUCUCACAAAGAAUACAGUUUAAGAAUUGUAGACAGAUUUUUGCAGUAAUUCUUCAUCAGCUCAUGAUUUAAAUAAAACCUUCUAUUCACAUAUCUUGGAUUCACUAUUAUAAUAAAUAAUGUUGAAUUUUAGUUUUUCUUUGUGAUUAAAGAUAUGAACUAU